AAAUGAUUUUGAUCAUGCGUGUAAUGGCAACUUAUAUUGUUUUUUUGACCGUCUUUGUAUCUGGGUAUGAUAAAAUAAAAGAUCUCACAGACUGGAAUGAUAGAAAAAGGAUUCGCGCUAUGGGAUAUGAGCUGAUAAAGGAAGCGCAACUGAAGAUUAGACAAUUAGACGGACUUAAAGACGAGGCUAAUCCAUUCACGGCUUUUGCCGUUGGGACCUUGCUUGGUCGAAUACGUGAAAAAUAUCGCUCAAUGCUGGAACUAUACCGGAUGACAAAGAAUAAAUAUACGGGUGCAGCGAAUCUGACGCUACCAAAUGUGGACCCGCGAAGACCGCUGCAUAACAUCAUCAGAUUAGAAGAAGUACGAGGUUUAGAAUUGGAAAUAGAUCAAAUGGUAUACAUGCUGCAGAAUUUAGACGACAAUGCACCAGCAUUUGAUUUAAGUCUGUUAGUUGGAAAUGCGAAACCUCGUCCUAAAUCCACCACACCGGAACCAGAUUCCCAAGAUAUUUGAUAAACUGAUAUUUAUUAAGUACGACUCCGAAUUUUACCCUAAGAUCCCGGAUUCCUCACGAUGUUUACCGUUACCUUUACUUAAAACACGUUAAUUACUUAUACUUCUUUUGGCGCGUUAGGGAAAAAUGAUGAAAGUUAAUUUUCGAUGCGCGCGCAUAAAACCACAAAAAAACGACAACCUGAAGUUAGCAUAGUCAAAAAUUCAAUUUCUUUAAUUAACUAGAUAAUGCGUUAUAAUAAAACUUUCA